AGUCACUUUGUGAAGGAGUCACAUCAAAGAGGUGCUCACUAUGGGAACUGGUGGGCGCAAGGGAAGUUUCUGAUCAAUUUUGUGCCUGUUCUUAUUUAUAUAUAAUUGUUUUUUUUGUGUCUGUGGGUUUUUUUUUUUUUUUUUUUUAAAUAAAUACCUCUCGUUUAGCUGGACUUAAGUUUAUUAACUGGCAGGCACACCUUAUCGUGUGUUUGGACGUUAGCUUAAAAAAAAAAAAAAAAAAAAAGUUGUUGGCGUUUCAGACGCGUUGACGACCGCUGGAGGACACAAGUCAGGAUGUACCAUGAGGAAAAGGCUUCUCUACAGAAACCACACUAUGGAACAUGUGUGUGUUGAUUUUUGCAGCCAUUCAGGAUGAUGAGAGGCUGUCAGCGGAGGAGAUGGAUGAGAGGAGGCGGCAGAACAUCGCCUACGAGUACCUGUGUCAUCUGGAGGAGGCCAAACGGUGGAUGGAAGCCUGCCUGGAAGAAGACCUACCUACUACCACAGAACUGGAGGAAGGACUGAGGAAUGGUGUCUACCUUGGAAAACUUGCCAACUUCUUUGCCCCCAAAAUGGUGUCUGUAAAAAGGAUCUAUGACAGAGAUCAGACUCGGUAUAAGACCAACGGACUGCACUUCAGGCAUACAGACAACACAGUUCAGUGGCUCAGGGCCAUGGAGUCAGUGGGUCUCCCAAAGAUAUUCUACCCUGAAACGACAGACGUGUAUGACCGCAAAAACAUGCCGAAGGUGGUGUACUGCAUACAUGCACUGAGCUUGUACUUGUAUAAACUGGGCAUUGCACCACAGAUCCAGGACCUAUUAGGGAAGGUGGCCUUUACAGAGGAAGAGAUCAGUAACAUGAGGAGUGAGCUCGACAAGUAUGGUAUUCAAAUGCCAGCUUUCAGUAAGAUCGGAGGAAUCCUGGCCAAUGAGCUCUCAGUGGAUGAAGCAGCAUUGCAUGCGGCGGUGUUUGCCAUCAAUGAGGCAGUUGACAGGGGUCAGGCAUCUGUGACAAUGGCAGCCCUGACAAAUCCAAACGCCAUGCUGAGGCAUACCCAGGACGCUCUGGCGCAAGACUAUCAGGACACGCUGAGCCAGGCCAAGACCCGUAAACAAGAUCAGUCUUCAGGCAGUUACUCCACAGUUUGUACUGAGGAAAGAGAUGUUUACGAGGAGAUGCUGACACAGCAGGAGAUUCAGAGCUGCAUAGACUUUGUCAACAUCCAAGCAGCAGUUAGGCAGGUAAAUCAGGCGGUGUGUACCCAGGAUGAAGCUUGUCUUUUGGCUGCACUGAGGCUUACAGCACUGGCCCUGCUUGGUGUGCAGGACACGAACCAACGCUGCUACCUGGAGCAUUUUACCACGCAUUGUCAGCAUAAAUCUAAGGAUGAAGACAAGGCAGUUCUGGUGGAUAAGGAUGAGAUUCAGAGAGUUGUCAGCUCUUGCAAUGACUUUGCAGAGGCCGAAAGACGAAAACUUGAGGCCGUUUCAGCAAUCAAUACUGCCAUUCGCCUUGGCGAUGCAGUGGUGACUGUGGAGGAGCUCUUGAACCCAGAGGCUCAACUGCCAAUCGUUUACCAAACUGCUGCCAAUCUCUAUCAGAAUGAGCUUUUUAGCUUGCAACUGCAAGGCGGGAGGAAUGGCCUGAGCCAUGAGGAGUUGAGUGUGGCUGUGGAAAUGCUGUCAGCUGUAGCUGUGCUCAAUGAGGUCCUGGACACCAAAGAUCCACAGGCUGUGAUCGAGCAACUAACAGACUCGCCUCUGGGUUUCACAAACAUGGACCAAGACAACCUGAACAGGUAUGCUGACACCUUAACCGAGCAGCGGGUGGAGUCUCUUGCAAAGGGCCAAGAGUUCCUCACUUGGAAUGAUCUUCAAAAGUGCAUUGACGCUGUCAACCUUCAGGUCAUUGAAGAACAUGAACGAAUUAUAGCAAUAGCAGAGAUCAACGAGGCAUUGACCUCUGGUGAUCAUCAGCAGACACUUGCAGCCUUGCUCCUCCCCACAGCCAAGUUGACGGGAGUGAACCCAAUCACAGCCAAACACUACCAUGAUGUCCUACACUGUACCAAACAGCUCCUCUGCCAGUCCUCGGGAGACGAAUCUGCUGUACUGUGGCUGGACCAAAUCCAAGAGGCUAUACAUGCAGCCAACCAGGAUGCAGAGGAGGCCUUCACAAUGGCUGAAGCAGUAGCGGACAUAAACAAAAGGGUGGCAGAAGGGGACUCUCAAAAUACACUGCACGCUCUGCAAUCACCAAAAGCAGGGUUGAAAGUCGUAAUCGCUGAAUGUGCUGACAUGUACCAGGCUGAACUGGAACAAACACAAACAAAGAUGGCACCUGAAGGUGGCCCCUCUAGUGAGUGGGUGAAACACUGCAUAAGUGACAGAUAUGAUUACUACUAUAACCCAGAGACUAGACAUGGUACCUGGGAGGAGCCAGAAAACUUUAAACAUAAUACUGGCAACCUCAAUAAAGAGGAAAUUCAGAUUGCAGUCAGUUGCGUGACUGCAGAAUAUAACCGGGCACAAUUGUGGUUGGCCAAUGAGUCCUUAGUGACGCAGCUGCAGGCGAGGAUCCGAGGUUUUCUGGUGAGGCGAAGGCACGCUCAGAGAAUGCAGUACCUGCGUCAACAAGAACCCCGUGUCAUCAAACUGCAGGCUUUGUGGAGAGGUUACAAACAGAGAAAAAUAUAUACAGACAGAAUGAAAAUGCUUCAUAAAAAUGUGACCUCAGUUGUCAAGAUUCAGUCCUUGGUUAAAAUGUGGAAAGCCAAACGUAAAUAUAACGAACGUUUGCAGUAUUUCAAAGAUCAUGAGAAGGACAUUGUGACCAUCCAGGCUUUUCUAAAGGCCAAUAAAGCGAGAGACGACUAUAGAACGCUAACUGGGGCCAAGGACCCGCCCCUAUCAGUAGUGCGCAAGUUUGUCCACUUACUGGAGCAGAGCGCCUUGGAUCUUCAAGAGGAGCAGGAAGUGACGCGGCUCAAGGAAGAAGUGGUCACCAAAAUCCGCUCCAAUCAGCAGAUGGAGCAAGAUUUGAACCUGAUGGACAUCAAGAUUGGGUUGCUGGUGAAGAACAGAAUUACGCUCCAGGACGUUGUGACCCAUAAUAAGACAAUGAAGAACAUGAAGCGUCAAACAAGUAAUGAUGACCUGGCCACAGCGGACAAAUUGGGAAUAAAGGGGUUAAGUAAAGGAAAACGGAAGAAACUGGAGGCCUACCAACAUCUCUUUUACCUCCUGCAGACCAACCCAUCCUACUUGGCCAAGCUCAUCUUCCAGAUGCCCCAAAACAAGUCCACUAAGUUUAUGGACACUGUGAUCUUCACCUUGUACAACUAUGCAUCCAACCAGCGAGAGGAAUAUUUGCUCCUUAAACUCUUCAAAACUGCUCUAGAUGAAGAAAUCAGAUCUAAGGUUGACCAAAUUCAAGACAUUGUGACAGGGAAUCCCACAGUCAUCAAGAUGGUGGUGAGCUUCAACCGAGGUGCACGGGGCCACAACACUCUGCGACAACUGUUGUCUCCUGUGGUCAAAGACAUCAUUGAUGACAAAAAUCUUAGCAUCAACACCAACCCCGUGGAUGUUUAUAAAGCCUGGGUCAACCAGCUGGAGACGGCCACUGGAGAAGCCAGCAAGUUGCCCUAUGAAGUGACUCCCGAGCAGGCCAUGUCACAUGAGGAAGUGCGCAACAGGCUGGAGGCAUCCAGUCUGGCACUUCGCUCUGCAACAGAUAAAGUGCUUAACUCCAUUGUGUCCUCCCUGGAUAACAUCCCUUAUGGCAUGCGAUACGUAGCAAAGGUUCUGAAGAACUGCCUUCACGAAAAGUUUCCAGAUGCAUCUGAAGAUGAGCUGUUGAAGGUUGUAGGAAACCUGCUGUACUACCGCUACAUGAAUCCUGCCAUCGUAGCUCCCGAUGGAUUCGACAUUAUUGACCUGUCUGCGGGAGGGCAGCUCCAUGUGGACCAGCGACGUAACCUGGGAUCUGUGGCAAAGAUGCUCCAGCACGCCGCUGCCAACAAGUUGUUCGAGGGCGAGAACGCACACAUGACGCCCAUGAACAACUUCAUAACGCAGACUUACGAGAAGUUCCGGGUGUUUUUCCAGUCUGCCUGUGACGUCCCUGAACCCGAGGAGAAGUUUAAUAUUGAUGAGUACUCGGACAUGGUGACCCUGAGCAAGCCCAUCAUCUAUAUCUCUAUCGAGGAGAUCAUCAAUACGCACUCGCUUCUUUUGGAACAUCUGGAGGCCAUCUCGCCGGACCUCAACGACCUGUUGCACGAGCUCCUGCAGGACCUGGGAGACGUCCCAGACGUUGAGACGUUACUUGGCGAAGGAGCCGUUCACAGCAGUGAGACAAACAGGGAAGUUGUCCUCAACCAGCUGGCCAAGACUGAGAUCUCCCUCACUCUGACCAGCAAGUUUGAGCUGCUCGAGGGGGACGACAAAGACUUGAAGACGCUCAUGACAAAGACAAAGAAGCUUCUAGUAGAUGUGAUUCGAAUUCAACCUGGAGAGACUUUGCCAGAAAUCUUAGAGACCCCCGCCACAGCCACUCAGGAGUCGGAGCAUACCAAGAUAGCGUUGCGGCGGGCAGUUCAGGACGCUCAGACCCCCGACGGUCUAAAGAGCAGCCCCGCGUUACUGGAGGACAGUCAGCUCCCCCUGGAGCAGAAGAAGAGGAAAAUCCAGAGGAACCUUCGGAACUUGGAGCAGGCUAACAUUGUCGCUGCCACAAACAAAUACCAGGACAUCAUCAAUGACAUUGCUAAAGAUAUUCGCUCCCAAAGACGCUACCGACAAAGGAGGAAGGCCGAGCUUGUGAAGCUCCAGCAGACGCUGUCGGCGCUCAAUUCGAAAACGACCUUCUACCAGGAGCAGAUGAACUAUUACGACACCUACAUCAAGACGUGCCUGGACAACCUCAACCGCAAGAAUUCACGCAGAUCCAUCAAGGUGGACAGCAAAGGAGAUGAAAAGGGCAGCAAAAAGUGGAAGCCGCAAUCUUUGAAGUACACGGGAGCAAGGUUACACGAGAAAGGAGUCAUUCUGGAGAUCGAAGGGCUUCAGACCAACCAGUUCAAAAAUGUCAUGUUUGACAUUUCGCCGAGUGAGGAAGUUGGGGAUUUUGAGGUGAAAGCCAAGUUUAUGGGGGUUGAAAUGGAAAAGGUGCAGCUUCAUUUCCAGGAUCUCCUGCAGUUACAAUAUGAAGGCGUGGCAGUGAUGAAGAUGUUCGACAAAGCUAAAGUCAAUGUGAACUUGCUCAUCUUCCUCCUAAAUAAGAAAUUCUAUGGCAAGUGAAUGCAAGAGAAAAACGGGGAAGGUGGAAAUUGGUUGUGCCUUCUGACAGCGUUAAGUUUGUUCAACAAAAUCAAGGUUUCCAGAAAAUGCACAACGUCGUAAGAUUAUUCUUGUUCUAGAUAAUUUAAUGAAGCUGUUUAUUUCCUUUGUUCAUUUUUGGAGAGCUAAAUCUAAUAUUUUUUAAUUAGGAAUUAUUCUCUUUUUCGUUGUAAGAUGAACACUGUUUAUUUGUUGUUGUCACUUGUAGGUUGAUGAAGCAGUUACAUCAAAAGUCUGCCUCCAUCUUGGCUUGACGAAAUGCUGUAGUGCACCAGUGCCUUUUUAAUUAAAGCAUCAAAAUCCUAUUUUAAUUAAUAAAACUUUUAAAUGCUGUCACUAA